AUGGAACGUGACAAGAACGCUUUAGCUAUCAAAUUUCAUAUACAUACAACAAUCGAAAAAGAAAACAAUGAAGACGAUAAUGACAAUAGAAUACUUGUGAAACAAAAAAAAGCAAAACAACAGAAUCGAAAUGGCAACAAGCCCUCCGUCGGAAGAUGGAAUGAUAUUAUACGACCGCGGCGACCAACGGAACAUCAAUCUAGAGUACCAGCACCAACUAUGGAUGAAUCCCUUGUUGACAUUGCUGUUAAUGCUAGCUCCGAUGUUUCGUCGCUAGCAGAUAAAUCAAGAGGAACUAUAGAUUUUUUUCAUACUCCACCUACUACCAUGCCUACUGUACGCGGCAGCCAUUAUGAGGAUUGGUCAACCAUUGAUUGGCUGAGUGAUCAAGCCAGAGAUCGUCUACGACAUCAGAUUAUAACUCAGCAAAAGAAAGAAUCUGCAUGGAAACGUUUUCUUGCUUUGCAUGAUGCAUUAUCCGGAUGGUUUUGUGUUUUGUUAAUCGCCGUUAAUAUUGGUAUCAUAGCUGCGAUAGUGGACAUCGGUGCUAUAUGGUUAGCUAAUAUAAAAACCGGCAUUUGUCUCCCGGCGUUUUACCUGUCGCGAGAACAAUGUUGUUGGACUGCGUCGAAUCAAACUUACGAUAAAUAUCAACAUGUUCUUUGCGACAACUGGUAUACAUGGGCAAAUCUGAUUCGUAUUGACAAUGGUACUACUACCGAAUACAUUGUCGACUAUAUUGCCUAUGUCUUCUUUGGUCUUAUCUUUGCUACAUUAUGUGCCAUACUAGUGAAAACAUUUGCGCCAUAUGCAUGUGGAAGUGGCGUUCCUGAAGUGAAAACUAUUCUGUCAGGGUUUAUUAUUCGUGGAUAUCUUGGUGUCUGGACACUUUUAAUCAAAAGUCUUGGAAUGGUUUUAGGCACCAGUGCAAAUUUAUUACUUGGAAAAGAAGGUCCGUUUGUUCAUAGUAGUUGUUGUUGUGGAAAUAUUUUUGCUCGCCUCUUCCCGAAAUACGGUCAGAAUGAAGCAAAGAAACGAGAAAUUCUUUCUGCUGCAGCUGCUGCAGGCGUUUCUGUAGCAUUCGGUGCGCCCAUCGGCGGCGUUUUAUUCAGUUUAGAAGAAGUUUCCUACUAUUUCCCGCUGAAAACUCUCUGGCGUUCCUUUUUCUGUGCCAUGAUUGCAUCAUUGAUAGUGAAAAUUUUGUCUCCAUUUGAAAAUCAACAUCUCGGAUUAUUCUAUGUUGGCAAUAGAUAUCGUUGGUUCUAUUUUGAAAUGGUUCCAUUCUUUCUUCUCGGCGUCCUGGGCGGUUUAUUCGGCGCACUGUUCAUCAAACUAAAUCUUGCGUGGUGUCGCAUCAGAAAGAAAACGCGUUUAGGACGUUAUCCAGUACUGGAAGUCAUUCUUGUGGCAUUAGUCACUCUUUUAGUUUCGUAUCCAAAUCCAUUUACACGCAUGUCAAUGUCAGAUCUGAUUCGUCGACUUAUAUCAUCAUGUGAAACAGAAGAUGAAAGCUUACUAUGUAAUUACCAACGCAAUACUACAUCAGCUUAUGAGAAAAACGAAAGCGCAAAGCCAUUAUAUGGUGUUUGGUUAUCUGUGGGUUUACUUUGUUCAGCUCUUGUAACUCAGACGAGUUUAUUUAUUUUGACAUUUGGUAUCAAAGUGCCUUGUGGUCUUUUUAUUCCCUCGAUGACUCUUGGUGCAAUCACAGGUCGUAUUGUUGGUAUACUAUUCGAAACUCUCGUGUAUUAUCAACCGAAUUUCUUUCUCUUUGCUGCCGAAUGCAGUACAGCAGGCGAACAGUGCGUUGUUCCUGGUUUCUAUGCUGUUAUCGGUGCAUGUGCAUUUCUUGGUGGUGUGACACGAAUGACUGUCUCACUUGUAGUUAUUAUGGUUGAAUUAACUGGUGGCCUUUCAUAUUCCGUUCCGUUAAUGUGUGCUGCAUUAGUUUCUAAAUUUGUCGGUGAUGCUCUCGUCGGCCAGGGUAUCUAUGAUGCACACAUUCAGUUGAAUAACUAUCCAUAUUUGGAUGUCAAAGCCGAAUUUGUCGAUCAGACUACUGCAGUCACUGUGUUGGAAACUAAACAAGACAAAAACGAACUCAUCAUGCUGCCGCGUGAUAGUUUGACAGUUGGAGAACUCAUAAAUAUAAUACAUACGUAUAAAUAUAAUGGAUAUCCUGUUGUUUCGAGUCGAGAAGAAGCAUCAAUUAUUGGUUUUGUUCUACGUCGCGAUCUUCAAUUAGUUCUCGAACAACGAGCAGUUAUCAAUGUACAAUCAAGUUUAAACACACAAAUAUCGUUCUCUCGUAUUACACAUCAAUCUAAUUCUAUACACAUUUACCGUUUACUGAAUCGUUCGCCGGCAACUAUCACAUUGGAUACGCCGACAACAACAAUUAUUGACAUGUGUAGAAAACUUGGUGCUCAAACCAUCUUAGUCACAAACGAAAAAGGACAUUUGGCUGGUAUUCUUACUAAGAAAGAUAUCAUAGCUUAUAUAAGCAAAAGUAACGUUCUCCGGAAUCCGCUUGUCGUCGUCUAUUUCCAUUUUAUUGCUGGUUAUUCGAUUCAAAAACAAAUGAUGCCUUCACUUCGUCACCAAUUGAUGAUCUUAUUCUCUCUCUUCGCUUGUUUCAUUUGCUUUGUUCAUAGUUCACAAACGAAUCUCAAUGAACAAUAUGGACAGGAGAACAAUCAUGUUCCGAGUCAAGAUGCCGCUGCUGCUACUCGACUCGAAAUACUUAAACAAAUCUUAAGUCGUCGAAGUUUGUACGACCCUGCCUUCGGUGACUCAUGGUCCGAUUCUUUCAGAAAACGUAAUCUAUUCGACCCAGCCUACAGUGACUGGUCAAAUAGCUUUAAACGAUCUAAUCAACAAGCACAGCAAUAA